GAGAGAGAGGGAGAGGGCGUGCAGGCAGAUGAAAGAGAAAGGAGGAGCUGAGAGGAGGAAGAGGACGACGAAGGUGUCAGCAUCAGCCCCCCUUCCACGCACACACGCACACACACAUUUGCACAGAAGAAGAGGAGAGAAAGAAGUGAAGAAAAAGACAGGAAAAGAAGAAGAAGAGAGAGCUUGGAUCUUCCAUGUCCUUGUUAUAGCGGACGCAGCGACUUCCAUCACAUCCCGGUGUGUGUGUGAGUGUGUGUGUGUGUGUGUGUGUGUGUGUGUGUGUGAGAGAGAGAGAGAGAGAUAUGGAAUCCAGAGCGCUGCAUCGCCUCAGCUCAGUGUCGCUAAUAAAGACAGGGAUGCUGCAGUGACUCUGUGUGUAUGUGUGUGUGCAUGCAUAUGGAGGUCUGAUAGGUGCAGUGCUGCUGCUGCUGCUGUGUGUAAAAGGGGUGUGAAGAUGGACACAAUGAGAGAACAGGAAGAACCAAGAUAGAGAACCAAUCAAGGUGUGUGUGAGUGUGUGUGUGUGCGUGUGAGAGAGAGGUGGUCCGACUCCAGCAUCAUCAGCACUCCUGCUGCAGAAGCACCGCUAAGUCAUCUGCACACACUCAAAAGCUGGCACCAGGGGCGGGCGAGGGGUCGUUGCUAACGGAGACGGUCCCAGGUCAGAGGCGGUGACCCCAGCGAACAGCUGUCGGCACGGCGGCACGAGGCAGCAGGGGCGUGAGCGAGAAAGACGGGCGGAAAGCCACCAUGGGGGAGUGGACAAUAUUGGAGAGAUUGCUGGAGGCUGCGGUGCAGCAGCACUCCACCAUGAUCGGGAGGAUCCUGCUGACAGUGGUGGUGAUCUUCCGCAUCCUGAUCGUGGGUAUAGUCGGUGAAAAGGUGUACGAGGAUGAGCAAAUCAUGUUCAUAUGCAAUACGCUGCAACCUGGUUGCAACCAGGCCUGCUACGACAAGGCCUUCCCUAUUUCACACAUACGCUAUUGGGUGUUCCAGAUCAUCCUGGUGUGUACCCCGAGCCUGUGUUUCAUCACUUACUCGGUACACCAGUCGGCCAAGCAUAAGGACCGGCAGUACAUGAUCCUACAUGGCCCCUACAUCGACCACGGGCACGGACCAAGCCGCAAACUGCGCAACGUCAACGGCAUCUUAGUCCACGACAAGGAUGAAGACAUUCCUGAGCUUAAGGACAUCCCGAACAUCCCUUCUUGGCCGACUCGGCCAUCGAAGAGUGCCAAGGCAAGGCAACAGGAAGGCAUCUCCCGCUUCUAUGUCAUCCAAGUGGUGUUCCGUAACGUGCUGGAGAUCGGCUUCCUGGCCGGUCAGUAUUUUCUUUACGGAUUCAACGUGCCGGCGAUGUUCGAGUGCGAUCGCUACCCAUGCGUCAAGGAGGUGGAGUGUUACGUGUCACGGCCCACUGAGAAAACUGUCUUCCUGGUGUUUAUGUUCGCCGUUAGUGGGGUUUGCGUCGUGCUCAACCUGGCUGAACUCAACCACCUGGGCUGGAGGAAGAUCAAAGCAGCAGUACGUGGCGCUCAACAGCGCAGGAAGUCCGUGUGCGAGCUCAGGAAGAAGGAUGCCUCGCACCUGUCCUCGCUUCCCAACCUGGGCCGCACGCAGAGCAGCGAGUCAGCGUACGUCUGACGGAGAGUAGGGGAGGGGCUUAGGAGGGCAUGGGCAUGGAUAACCAGAAGGAAAAAGAAGGGGCGUCCUACGAUUGUGACUUGAUAGCAAGGGUUGGACAGUGGGGAGAGAGGGAUGGGACAAAAAAGAUGAUCCACGGACCUCAAUGCUGGAGAGACAGACAUACUGCGGGAGUGAAAAGGCUUUUAAUCCAAAAAAAACACAGAGGCAUGAAAGGACAAUAUUCUCACCCUCGCGUACCCGUCUCCCAGAGAGACCCGUGGAUGUCUUCCAAACAAAGCCACGUCGAGCAAGAGAAACAUUUUUUUGAAGAGUUGUUCCAAAGUAAAAUCAGUCACCGGAUCUCUUGAGCCCUCGAUUUCAAGGUCGUAAAGAGGUUUAAAGCAAAAUACGACAAGAACAAAGCGAAACAGUCUGUCUCUCUCUUUCCAUGUAAACUGACAGAGUCUUUCAUACAUGGGGAUGAAUUAUAAAAGAUAAGAAUGAGUGAUGAAAGUGAUAACGAUGAUGAUGAUGAUGAUGAUGAUGAUGAUGAUGAAACAAGCCCCUCCCCCCUUUAACAGCAGCCGGGCAAUAAGAGGACCACCACCCCUAGUCAUAUACUUAAAUCCGACCAUAAAUAAAAAGCGUAACCAAACAGUCGUUACUCCGUUCUCUUCUCUUAGUGCCCUAGAGCUGCUGCCUAGAAACAAUUCUGUAAAUACUUCAGCGUUAUGAUUUCUCGCAUUCUUUUAAGGAUUAUUUAACGCAGCUUCGUAUAACUUUUUGGUCCUGUAUGUCAAAGUCAAGCACAGUUUCUGCUCCCACACAUCUCAUCAGAUUAGCACCGUCGUCGCAGGCCACACAGAUGCGCAUGGCUAAAGAGGUAGCUAUAGAGUUCAUUCUAUGCGGCUAACAUAGAUGCUAGGUGGUUUUAGUCCACUGCUAAAAUAUGAAAUGACAGGUAUUCGCAAAAGUCCCGUAUUGUAAUUCGUCAUGAAGUACGACAUAUAUUCUACCUUUGCCUAGCUUUGCCAAAUUCCUGCCAUAUUUUUUUAAAAAGUGGGUGGGGCUAACCUUGAGUAAAUCUCACAUGGCUUUUUAUCAACCUAUGCAUUCACAAUGAAGCGUCUCUUCGGGUCUGAGUAACGUAGCUAGAGUAUAGCCAGCUUGCUAAUUUGCUAACCGUGCUAACUGACUUGAUUGGUACAUGGUGACUUGAGUUGAGUUUAGAUAAUUGAAUGGUGUAGCAGUCUGAGAGUCUGUCACUCAAGCGUGAUUCGAAUUAUAGGUCACGCCCACGGUGGGGGGGGGGGGGGUGCAGCUCUCA